ACGUACUUCCUGGUUCGAUAGAGAUCACAACAGUAGCUCCGUGUUUGUUGUGUUUGUGAUGGCGCUUUGACCAGAAAGAUGGAGGAGAAAGCGUUAGAGGUUUACGACGUGAUCCGGUCGAUCCGGGACCCGGAGAAGCCCAACACCCUGGAGGAGCUGGACGUGGUGACGGAGAAGUGUGUGGAGGUCCAGGAGCUCGGAGAGGACGAGUACCUGAUCAUCAUCAAGUUCUCCCCGACCGUCCCUCACUGCUCUCUGGCCACGCUGAUCGGUCUCUGCUUACAGGUGAAGCUGCAGAGAUGUUUGCCGUUCAAACACAAGUUGGAGAUCUACAUUUCAGAGGGAACUCACUCCACUGAAGAAGACAUCAAUAAGCAGAUCAACGAUAAGGAGCGAGUGGCGGCCGCCAUGGAGAACCCCAACCUGAGGGAGAUCGUGGAGCAGUGCGUCACCGAGCCCGACGACUGACGGAGGAAGCUCCGCCCACCUGGGAGGGGCCUGCAGGUGUAAACCAGAGGACUCGCUCUGGGAAGUUUGGAGGUUUUAUUGUGGAGCGUCUCUGAUGAGGAUCAUGAAUACUGAGUCGGGAUGGAAGCCGGACUGAUGAGUGCGUUGACUGCGAAAUGGUUUCACAAUAACGGCUCUAAAGUGAGACUGUCGAGUGUCAACAUGGAGGAAAAACCUAAUAUUUGUUCAGUCAAUGAUCUUUAGUUUGUGAAUUAUAACAAAGUUUAUUUUUAGGUCUCAGGCCAGGAGACCACCUCUGGUUCUAUAAAGACUUGGAGUCAAACAGACCAUAAAGCAGGGGAUGCUUUAGGGCGGGGCUACACAGUGAUUGACAGGUCUCUACCAGAGAGU